UUCCGCUUAUUAAAAUCUACGGGGUCGUUCGUCGUCGUCGUCGUCCUCCCCUUCUCUUUCUUCUUGUUGUGUAAGCGUCAUGGGUCAUGUGCGAGACUUGCGCUUGUUUCUAUUAUCUGCGCUACCCUUGGCCUUCGCCGGCUUAUUCUUUGGUGGCGUUUAUUCGUACAAACGCCCGCCUGUACUGCGCAAGAUUCUCUCUGUUCCUCACUCGUAUGGAGAUGAUCACAAUCCUGCUUCCCCUCAACAGGUGCACAUAUCUUUGGUUGGCGAGGACAAAAUGAGGAUUUCAUGGAUUACAGAAAGCUCAACCCCGGCAACAGUAGAAUAUGGUACAUCCCCAACGAAAUACGAGUUUUCUGCAAAUGGGACUACAUCCUCGUACCGUUACUUGAUAGUGUACAAGUCCGGGGAAAUACAUGACGUGGUAAUUGGUCCCUUGAAGCCGAAUACAUUAUAUUACUAUCGUUGCGGUCCAGCUUCAGGCCGUGACUUCACUUUCAAAACCCCACCAGCUCAAUUCCCAAUCAAAUUUGCUGUUGUAGGUGAUCUUGGACAGACUGAGUGGACCGACUCAACCCUCCAACACAUAGCAAAAUCGAAUUACGACAUGCUGCUACUGCCAGGAGACUUGGCUUAUGCUGAUUUCUACCAGCGUUUUUGGGAUUCAUUCGGCAGGCUUGUGGAGCCACUGGCAAGCCAGCGGCCUUGGAUGGUAACCCAAGGCAACCACGAGGUUGAGAAGAUUCCGGUCAUCCACUCCAAACCCUUCACAGCCUACAAUGCAAGAUGGCGCAUGCCAUUUGAACAGAGUGGAUCGGACUCCAACCUAUACUAUUCUUUUAAUGUAGCUGGGGUUCAUAUUAUCAUGUUGAGUUCGUACACGGAUUUUGAUCCUAGUUCACCACAGUAUAAGUGGUUAGAGGCAGAUAUGGGGAAGAUUGAUCGGAAAAGAACUCCAUGGAUAGUAGUGCUUGUUCAUGCGCCAUGGUACAAUACGAAUACUGCUCAUCAGGGGGAGAAAGAGUCGGACGAGAUGAAGGCUUCCAUGGAAGGGCUACUUUAUCAAGCUCGCGUGGAUAUUGUUUUCACUGGACAUGUGCACGCAUAUGAGCGCUUUACUCGCGUUUACAAUGGGAAAGCUGACAAUUGUGGCCCAGUGCAUAUCACCAUUGGCGAUGGUGGAAACAGAGAAGGCCUUGCCAGCAAGUAUGAAGAUCCAACGCCUGAUAUAUCCAUUUUCAGGGAGGCGAGCUUUGGACAUGGUCAAUUUGAGGUGGUGAAUGCAACCCAUGCGCUCUGGACAUGGCACAGAAAUGACGAUUCCAGCGCCUUUGUUAGUGACUCAAUCUGGUUGAGAAGCCUAUCCUCUGAUCCUGCUUGCCAAUGUCGAGGGCAACGCUGAAUUA